UUUCAGACUCUGAGAGCGAGCGGCCGUGCGGAGGGAGCGCGCGCCUGAGUUUGGUGGAUAUUUGAGAGCGGCUGUACGAUCCUCGGCAGUGUUUCUGAGACUGUACAGCCCCUGAGCUCCAGCGCAGCGCGGCGCGGUCGGACUUUAUUCCUCUACUGAAGACCUGCUCUGUCUGUCUGAUCUGCAGCGGCGUUGAUCUUCAGACCUGUUGAUCUGGCCUGGCUCGCGCAGUGGAGAACACCAGCCUGCGCAGAGAUGACGGCUGAGAAAGACAAGAGGAGGAGCACCUCAGAGCGGCGGAAGGAGAAGUCUCGGGAUGCGGCACGCUGCAGACGCAGUAAGGAGACGGAGGUGUUUUAUGAACUGGCCCACCAGCUGCCCCUGCCCCACAGCGUCACCUCCCACCUGGACAAGGCUUCCAUCAUGAGGCUGGCCAUCAGCUUCCUCCGCACACGCAAACUCCUCACAUCAGGUUGCAGACCCAGCGAAACAGAAAUGGACAGACAGAUGGACAGCCUUUAUGUGAAGUCACUGGAAGGCUUCGUUUCCGUGGUGACAUCAGACGGUGACAUAAUCUUUCUAUCGGAGAAUAUCAACAAAUUCAUGGGGCUGACACAAGUUGAACUGACAGGACACAGCAUCUUUGACUUCACUCAUCCCUGUGACCAUGAUGAAAUCCGUGAGAAUCUCAGUCUCAAAACAGGUGCAGGAAAGAAAGGCAAAGAGCUGAGCACAGAGAGAGACUUCUUCAUGAGAAUGAAAUGCACUGUGACGAAUCGAGGGCGCACAGUCAACCUCAAAUCAGCCAGCUGGAAGGUCCUGCACUGUACGGGGCAUCUGAAAGUGUACAACAGCUGCCCGCCGCGCGUGCUGUGCGGCUUUAAAGAGCCGCCCCUCACCUGCGUGGUGAUGAUGUGCGAACCCAUCCCUCACCCCUCCAACAUCGACACACCACUCGACUCCAAAACCUUCCUCAGCCGACACAGCAUGGACAUGAAGUUCACUUACUGCGACGACAGAGUGACUGAGUUGAUGGGCUACAGUCCUGAAGAUCUGCUGGGUCGCUCUGUGUAUGAGUUCUACCACGCUCUUGACUCUGAAAGUUGCACCAAAAGCCACCAGAACCUAUGCACUAAAGGGCAGGCUGUGAGCGGUCAGUACCGGAUGUUGGCCAAGCAUGGGGGCUACGUGUGGGUGGAGACGCAAGGCACCGUCAUCUACAACAGCCGUAACUCACAGCCACAGUGCAUUGUGUGUGUCAAUUAUGUCCUCAGUGACAUUGAGGAGAAGAACAAGAUCUUAUCCAUAAACCAGACCGAGUCCAGUUUCAAGACUCACCACAUGAGCAGUUUCUUCAGCCAGGCCGGAGCAGCCGUGGCCAAGGACACUGGGGGAGCUCUCUUCACCAAACUCAAAGAGGAGCCUGAGGAUCUAACCCACUUGGCACCUACACCAGGCGACGCCAUCAUUGCCCUUGACUUCGCUCCUUAUAAAGACUACCCAAACUGCAGUAAAAUAUCUGCCACUCACUCAACCGAUGAGGGUCAAAAGCCAAGCUUCACCAGAGACAGGCCCAACAUGGCCGCCACCUUCUCUGUGCCUCAGGCUCCACCACCCAGCAGCGCUACUCCCAGUCUGAGCAGCUGCUCAACGCCCAGCAGCCCAGGAGAUUACUACAGCUCUGUGGAUAAUGACCUGAAGGUGGAGCUGACUGAGAAGCUGUUUGCUCUGGACACACAGGAGACAAAGAACUCUUGCAGCCAAGAGACUGAUCUUAGUGAUCUGGAUCUGGAGACUCUGGCCCCGUACAUCCCGAUGGAUGGUGAAGACUUCCAGCUGAAUCCCAUUUGCCCAGAGGAUACUCCAUGUGAGGCUGCUGGUCUGGGGAUCGUUCAGCAGAGUUUCUGCAACAUCGCCAACCUCUUCCAGCCCCUGAAGCCUCCUACACCAGGCAGUUUCCAGCCAAGCCUGUGCUCUGCUGGGGAGAAGCAACGUCCUAACGGUGGCUCUGUGGACCCCUGGCCAGCCAUGGUGUACGGCAGCCCCGUACAGCUGCCCCCCUAUCACGACCCAGCCUGUACCCCUCUGUCUUCUAUGGGAGGCCGUCAGAAUUUGCAGUGGCCGCCUGACCCGCCGAUAAAUUACCCGAAGGCUGGCAUGAUGGACACCUCGGCUGCAAACCGCUCCUGCCAAGCCAUGCCGGUAAAUCGGAUGCCCCUCCACAAACACAGGUCUAUGGAGAAAUUUGGGCCUGGCGAGGCCUACAGAGACAUGAGCCCAGCCCGGCUUGCAAUAGCAAACAGCAUGAAGCGCUCGUUCUCACAGAUGACUAUGGGGGAGGCUUCUGCUACUAAGCCUCCCGAAAUGAUAUGGAAGAGAAUGAGGAAUGAGAGCUGUGCUGUCUUGGACAGGAAAUCUCACAGCACCAGUGCCUUAUCAGAUAAAGGCAUGGUCCUUCCAGGCGUAAUGGACCGCCAGCACAGAAAAACCCAGUAUCCAGGUAAUCAAACAGGACUGGCAGAAAAGCUCUACCCAGAACAAUACUGCAACUACAGAGAAUACAGCAUGCUGCGCAGCACAAAAACAGAAGGUGUAGCAAGCCGCCUCCUCGGGCCCUCCUUCGAGACGUACUGUCUGCCCGAGCUGACGCGUUACGACUGUGAGGUCAACGUCCCUCUGCAGGGCAACCUGCACCUGCUGCAGGGCAGCGACCUACUGUGGGCUCUGGAUCAGGCCACCUAGACCAGCCUAGACCCUCCCAGUCCUCCCAGCUCUCUCUCUUUCUCUCUCUCUAUCUCUCUCUCUGUCUCUCCUCUGAACCCUCAGUGCCAUUAACCCAGCUAUAUGACUCACUCACAGCACCAUCCAACACAGGGCCUGAUCCUGAUACAGCAUACUGUACAUCACACCCACUGCCUAAUGCAUACCAUAUACCAUAUACCUUACCAUAUACAACAAGAACGUAGCUUGGAUUCUAUUUUUAUUGUCUUUAUAAAUUAUAUACAGUGCUAUAUAUACAGUAUAAUAUAUUAUUUUUAGUUACAAAAAAAAAGCUCUUUCUUGAUGUUGAUGUUGAAUUAUUAUUUUUUUUUUAUUAUUAUUAGUUUAUGUUCUCUACGGUUGCUGAGUUGUAUUGUCAUUGGCUGUCUGUUUCUUCCUUGCUUGUUAGCUUUUUUUUUUUUUUUUUUUUUUUUUUUUUUUUUUCUCAUUGCGUCUGUUUGUCCGUCUGCCUGUCAGGCAUUAAAAGCAUCAGUCUACUGUCUUGAAGAAAGAUGAUCUACUGUAAGAAUGUUUGUUUUUUUUUGUUGUUUUUUUCCCUCUAACUUUCCUACCUCUGACACCUUGAGCCUUUUACAGUCAUAUUUAUGCAUGUUUUAGUGCCUUCUCUUUUUCAGUUUGUUCUCGUCUCCUCUUUUUCUCUCUCUUUUUGUAACUCUUUCUUUCUCUCUCUCUCUCUCUUUUGCUCUCUUUCUCUCUAGCCUUUGCUAUUUUGUGUGACCACUUUAUAUGCUUUUUGUCAUUUUAGCUGUAAACACGAUAUUUAAAGGAAGAGACUCUAAAGUUUCUAGUAUAAAUCUCUCAAUAAUUAUGGAAUUGUAGCACUAAAAUACCUGGGUACUUUGUCUUAUCUACUCAGUAGAUGUGGAUCGGAGUGCUUAUUUUAAGUGGUCUGUAGUGCUGGUAUCUGUUCGUUCCUUCUUUCAAGUGGCAUUUGUUUUUUUUGUUAUUUCCCCUGUGAUAUGCAGAAUUUUGCAUAUUGUAUUUGUUGGCGGGCCAGUGCGGUUUUUAUUCUCGCUCUAAUAAGAGAAGGAAAAAAAAAACACCCUAGUGAAGAGAUAUAUCGUAGAAUAACGAGAAUAAAGGUUCUGCUCUUCAGAUGUAGCAAAUUAGAUAUUUUGAGAGUUUAAAAAAAAAGGAAAAAAAUAUAUAUUCAAAAUAAUCACUUUAUUAAAAGAUUAAAACACACAACCAGUUUGCGUUUGGAAAAAAAAAUAAAAAAAGAUUUUUUUAACAGUGUUUCCAUCACACAGGCUGAGAUUCUCUGUAAAGUUGAAGUUGAAUGUGUUGACUGAAUGAGGUAUGCCCUUCAUUUUCACAGCUUUCUUUUAUUUGUUUGAUAGUUUUAACAGAUUAUAUAGAUUAGUUAUUGACUGUCUAGUCCGCUGUUUGUACACAAACACGCACACGCACCCAGUCACAUACUAAUAUGCAUACAGUCAUAUAUAUAUAUAUGUAUACAUACACAGUCACAUGCCUACACCUCAAAUGAUGUGUCCUCGUUAUUAGCGUUUAGUUCUGUGUUCUGCUAACCCCCCGGUGCGGAAACGGCUGAAAAACACCAGUCAUGCUUUGAAAUAAUGUAAAAUGGUUAAAGGAGGCUUUUUUUUCCUGCACAAUCCAGUUCCAGCUUGAUAUUAAACUGGAGAAACUGGUGCUGCUUUGUGAUGGUUUAAGUGUGCAAAUGGGUUUGGGUCAGACAGUGUGGGCAAAUGAGAGUAAAUAAAAAAAAAAAAAAACGUAAUUUUUUAAGUAGCUCUGCCAUUAUUUGCCAUUAUUUACUGAUUUAGUUUCAGUUUGUAAAAAAAAAAACAUUAUUCAUAGGAACAUACCAAUACCAUAGACCAAUACAAAUUGUUUAAAAUGACUUAAAAUCUCUGCAAAUAGGAAUAGAUUUGAAUUACGUAUACUGUACACACAAGAUUAUAUUUUCACCCUCAAAACAGUUACACAUUUGUCUCCAGACAAGCUAAGAUGCCGCAUUUCGAGGCUGUAGUUUUGCAGGGAUGCAGAAAACCACAGCUGAUUACCAGUGACAGACUGAUCCUGGCUCAGCGCCAGCAGUAGAAAACCUUGUACCUUAUAGGGUAACAAAUCCUCUUUAACAUCCCCCAAAACACAUGAACUUUCCCUGCUAAAGCACUGCUCUCAUACCCCCUCAUACACUGUAAUCUGUAUCAGCCACAUGUUUAGCAUUUUAAUUUAAUUAAAUAAUUUAAAAUCAACUUCAAAAUAAAAGCACAGAAAAUCUGCUUACUCAAGCACACUUAUCAUUUAAAAGGAGCCAAAAGGCAUUAAAGGCCACAUAGUUUUGUGGUGUUUAAUAUUUAAUGAAAGGAAAUAUUGCCUUUACUAAUCAAAGAUGUAAUAUAGAUAUUUGUUUCCCAACACCUGAUCUAAAAAUCUGAUGAUUGCAAAGUAAUUACGUAUACAGCUCUGGAAAAAAAUAAGAGAUCACUUCAGUUUCUCUGAUUUUGCUGUUUAUAGGUGUAUGUUUGAGUAAAAUAAACACUGUUGUUUUAUUCUAUAAACUACAGACAACAUUUCUCCCAAAUUCCAAAUAAAAAUAUUGUCAUUGAGAAAUUGUCAUGAGAAAUGGGUGAAAUAACAGACCAAUUAUAAUACCAAGAAAACAAAUUCUUAUAUAUAUUUUUAAGAGUUUUAAUAGUUCAGAUUGAUGAUAGUGAUACUGUUAUUGCUUCGCUUUUUUUUCUUACCAUUCAAACACAACCAUACAAAAUUUAUUAAAAUAACUGCUAAAUGUAAAAAAAAAAUCCAACAAUUGUGUACGAAAAAACGUUCCAAACUGAAAAUGUGUCCAAAAGUGAUAAACAGAGACGUAGAUCACUACAAUGUAUUUUGUAACCAAAAGGUAUAAUAACAUUGAUCUGUAAAAUCCUUGUGGUUUAAAAAUAGUGGAUUCGUUUAAAUAGAUGAUCUAAUAUUAUUUAGCAUUUUAUUCUGAUUUCUUUUUAUUCCUAAAAUUCUCUCAAAAUAAAUGCUAAGUUAUUUAUUACCGUAAAUGUGUUUUUUUUCUUUCUUUCUGUUUUUUUAUUAAUACAGCAAGUGAUUCCAAACUUCUGAACAGCAGUAAAACAUGUAUAAAGAGUGUUAACUCUCUUUUGUUUGGUCCUGCAUUACCCAUGUCCAAAAUAGCCCAGUUAUCUAAUACACAAUACAUGUCAGUUUCCCGGACAGGGUUUAAGCCUAAUCCGUCUAAUUGAGAAUGCUGUGCAGUCCUGGACUAGGCCUAAUCCCCCUGAUAUUAAAGUGCACAGACAAGUACAAGUCUUUCUUUCUUCUCCUAUUAUUAUUAUUAUUAUUAUUAUUAUUACCUGAACUUGCUCUCAGAGAUCAAUGCCAAAGUAAACCCACGUACGCCUGUUGAACUAGUUUGAGUUUAUUUGAGAGGUGUGUAUUCGCAUGUGAGGAGAGCAGCAGAAAGUCCGGUCAGCCACUCUGAAAGCUGUUCACCAGACGUCCAGUAGCUGUAGAUACUGCUGUGCUGCAUGAAGGGCAUUAAAACCUACUAAAUAUUUUUUUCUUAACCAAUCUGCCACUGUGUUCCUCAGCUGUACAGACAGUCUCAGCCUGUGUUUAGAUGAAAUAAAGUUAAGAUUUUGGAUUGGUUAGUCAUAGCAAGCAAUCCUGUAUUUUGAUAUGCUAAAUAAAUAUUGACAUUAUUAUGAUAUAUUAUUAUUGUUGUCUUUACUGUACGGGAAAUUCUACCCAGUAAGAAAUUGUAUCUCUGCACUGAUAUCUUAUUAAAGCAUAUCAAUCUUCA